AUGGACCUCAACCCCUUGGCCACCUAUGUCAAGGAGCGAGAGGGGAAGCGGGUCAUCCGCAAGAUCCUCAUCUCCAACAAUGGCAUGGCAGCCGUCAAAGCGAUUUUGUCGAUGAGGAGGUGGACCUUCACCGAGUUCGGCUCCGAGCAGCUCAUCACUUUUGUGGCCAUGGCCACUCCCGACGACCUCAACGCCAACGCGGAGUUUAUCCGCCUGGCCGACUCCUUCGUGGAGGUGCCGUCUGGGAAGAACAUCAACAACUACGCCAACGUUGACCUGAUUUGCAGGAUUGCCCAGGAGCAGCAGGUGGAUGCCGUCUGGCCCGGUUGGGGCCACGCCAGCGAGAACCCGAAGCUCCCUGCCAAGCUCAAGGAGAUCGGCAUCACCUUCAUCGGCCCACCUUCGGGCGUGAUGGCGGCCCUGGGAGACAAGAUCGCGGCCAACAUCCUGGCACAGACGGCGAAGGUGCCCAGCAUCCCAUGGAGCGGCGACGGGCUCACGUGCACACUCACCGACGAGGGGACUGUCCCUGACGAGGUCUUCAACAAGGCCAUGGUCCGCACGGAGGAGGAGGCCCUCGAGAGGGCCGAGAAGGUGGGCUUCCCAAUCAUGGUGAAAGCCUCGGAAGGCGGCGGCGGCAAAGGCAUCCGCAAGGCCACGAACAUGGAGGAGCUGAAGGUGGCCUUCACCAACGUCCAGACGGAGGUGCCCGGCUCCCCGAUCUUCUUGAUGCGGAUGGUCUCGAAGGCCCGGCACCUGGAGAUCCAGAUCCUGGGCGAUGAGUACGGCAACACCCUCGCGUUGAACGGCCGCGACUGCUCCACCCAGCGGCGAUUCCAGAAGAUCUUCGAGGAGGGCCCUCCGACCAUCGCCAAGCCCGACGUCUUCCACGAGAUGGAGCGGGCGGCCAUGCGGCUCACCGCGCUGGUGCAGCGCCUCGGCCGCCUCUCCUUCGGCACAUCUGUUUGUGCGGUCUACAUGAACUUUCAAAAGUACCGGGGCGCCGGGACCGUGGAGUACCUCUACAGCCCGGAGACGCACACCUUCUGCUUCCUGGAGCUGAACCCUCGCCUGCAGGUGGAGCAUCCGGUGACCGAGGCCAUCACGGGGGUGAACAUGCCUGCGACGCAGCUUCAGAUUGCCAUGGGCAUCCCGCUCUACAACGUCCCGGACAUCCGGCGCUUCUACGGCAUGGACCCGGCCGUCUGCUCGAAGAUCGACUUCUUCGCCGUGGACUACCCCCCGAUCACCUCCCACUGCUGCGCCUCGCGCAUCACGGCCGAGAACCCGGACGAGGGCUUCAAGCCCACCAGCGGCAAGAUCAACAGUGUGCGCUUCCAGUCCGCGGGCGACUGCUGGGGCCGGGCCUUCGGAAAGGGGCGAAGACUUGAAGCUUUGUGGGUUUACAUGGGAAGCCCCCUGGCAGGUUACUUCAGCGUCGGCCUGAAGGGUGGCAUCCACGAGUUUGCGGACUCCCAGUUUGGCCACAUCUUCGCCAAGGGCCCCAACCGGGAGGCUGCCAGAAAGAGCCUGCGCUUCGCGCUCAUGAACCUGGACAUUUCAGGAGCCAGCCUUUUGUGGGCUGCUGGAGCCGGGUCACCUCAGUACCCGACCCAGAACCCGGAACGCCCGUUUCUCCAACGAAGAGGAGACAUCCGCCAUCCCGUCGACUACCUGGUCGACCUGAUCGAGACGCAGGCCUACAAGGAGAACACCAUCGACACCAUGUGGCUGGAUGGCCUGAUUGCCAGCAAGGCCAUUUCCCCAAGCACCGGCGCCAUGGACGUGGUCUUCUACGCGGCCGUCUUCCGCGCGUUCAGCGCCUGGGGCGGGGAGAUGGCUUGCAUGGUGAAGUCCCGCACCCAGGAGGCUGUGGAGGCCAUGCAGAAGGGCCAGCUGGUGCUGCUGGGCAAGAGCGACACCGACGCCUUGGUCAACUUUCCCGUGGAGAUCACCUUCGACGGCAAGAAGUUCUCCUUCCAAGUCUCCCGGAAGCGCAGCGACCUCUACGCCUUCACCAUCAACAACAAGACCCUCAAGGCCAAGGUCCGCGAGCAGCCGGACGGCUCCCUCUACGUGAGCAUCGGCAGCAUCAGCCAGCAAGUGAAAGGACAGGAGGAGGCCCUGGGCCUGCGCCUCAUCAUCGGCGGGCAGACGAUCAUGGUCCCCACCGUCUACGACCCCUCGGAGCUCCGCUCCGACGUCAACGGCAAGGUGGUGCGCUACUUGCACGACGAGGGCGCCGAGGUCGCUAAGGGCGAGGCCUACAUCGAGCUGGAGGCGAUGAAGAUGAUCAUGUCGUUGAAGUCCGGGGAGGCCGGGAAGAUCACCCACGCCCUCAGCCCGGGCAGCAUCGUCUCCGCCGGCGAGGUCUUGGCCAAGCUGGAGCUCAAGGACCCCUCCAAGGUGAAGAAGAUCGCCCCCUUCGAGGGCGUCUUCGAGAUGAGCGCCAAGCCUGAGGCGGACGUGCCCGCCCCCAGGGAAGACCUCCUGGCCUUCCUGGACGGCUUCCACGCGGACCAGAAGGGGCCUCAGCUGGUCGAGCAGCUCUUUGCCAGCUUUGCCAACCGCGAUGCAGCUGCCGAGACGGUGCGCGGCGUCCUGGAGAAGUACCUCUCCAACGAGCGGCCGUUUGCGGCGUCCAUCGAUCAGAAGCAGCCCUACGACAAGCUCCUGCUGGACUUGAUCAACCAGGGCAAGGACUCCUUGGAGAAGGUCCUCUUCAUGGUGCUGGCCCACAACAAGCUGGCCGACCGCAGCGACGCCGUGAUGGCGGCGAUCCGCGAGAUGCUGGCGGCCGAGGGCUCCGGCAUGUCUUGCAUGUAUGUCCCGGACAUGCGCCUGGAGGACGACAUGGCGGGCGCCGUGCAGGAGAAGAUCGUGGAGCUCUCGCAGCUGCCAAGCUCCGCUGCGGUGGCCGGGGACUACGGCAACGUCCGGUACUUGGCGCAGCAGCUCCUGGACACGGUGCCCCAGGAGUCCUAUGAGGAGCGCACCAAGAACUUCCGGGAGCAGCUGGCAGGCCUGAAGGACGAGGCCAUCACGGAGCAGAAGGAGCUCCCCGGUGCGGUGGACGGCGGCCUUGAGAUGGAGCUUUUGGUGGAGGCGCUGAGCGAUUCCGAUGCCAAGAUCCAGGAGAGGGCCAUGCACGCGUACCUUGCCUGGUUGGCCGCCCCGAGCCGCCUCACCAAGGUUGUGGAGAAGGCCGCCACGAAGACAGCCGUUUGGACCCAGUUCUUCCCGGUGAGCACGGAGCAGGAGCACCACCGACAUGGCCUCCUCGCCGUCGCCGCAGAUCUUGAGGCCUUGGACUUGGACGAGAAGCUCCUGGCUCCUUUGAUCCAGCGGCAGAGCGGCGCUCCCGGCGUCCCCAUCAACCUCCUCCACCUCGUCGUGGGCCGCGACGCCUUCCCAGGCAUCACGGACCGAACCCUGUUUUACAACACCGACUCGGAGUUGCAGAAGGUGCUGAAGAGAUGUCAGGGCCUCUUCACCAGGCAGAGCGAGCUCCUGAAGAAGGCCGGCGUGGGAGAGAUCUGCGUGGCGCUGCCCCAGCCUCCUCGCCACCCGCGCUUCGUGAAGUUCAACCUCGACCCCACCACUGAGGAGUGGUCGGAGAACGAGAUGGGCCGCGACCUCUGGCCUUCCUUCACAGGCCUGCUCGAGCUGAAGAUGCUCCAGCGCCUCUACACCCUGCAGCGCAUCCACAAGGAGGUGCGCCCCACCUCCCACAUCUACCUCGCCACGCCGCUGAUGAGUGGCAAGGCUGCCACGUCGGAGCUCCUGAUGCGGGCGCUCUACCUGUCCGGGGUGAACAAGGAGUCCUUUGGCCAGAGCCUCACGGACAGCCUGGACCUCGCGCUGGAGGAGGUGGAGCAUGCCAUGCUGGACCCGCGUGUUGCCAAGCUCGGCCACUCGGUGACCAGCCGAAUCUUCGUCCACUUCGUCGGGGAGCUGGACAUGGACCUGAACGAGUUGGAGCCUGGGGCAUAUGAGCAGCGCUUCACCGACACGAUCAGCAGCCACGUCGGUCAUCGAGGCUCUGAGGUCAUCAAGCUCUGCAUCGACGAGAUUGAGGUGAAGGUGCACCGGCGCGUCGGGGGAGCUUUCGAGACCCUGCGCCUCUCCCUGUCCUCCCUGAACGGCGGCUUCCUGAAGCCCAAGAUGCUCCGGGAGUUCCCCGACCCCGUCACCGGCUUCCCACUCCGCUGGGAGGCCGCCAAGGAGGGCGCCGCCCCCUUGAAGUCCCUGGACCACCCACACGUCACGGACCAAGCGGCCCUGAGUCGGUACCAGGCCAAGCGAGUGGCCGCCCGCCGUGCGGGCUCCACCUACGCCUACGACCUCCCUGGAAUUCUCCAGCUGGCGCUGACCAUGAAGUGGAUCUCCUUCACCGGCAACCCCAGCACCGGCAACACGGAAGCGCGCGGCGAGAGCCGGGGCGCCCGCAGGCGCAGCCCCUCGCCGCGCCGGGGGGGCGUGGUCUCCGCACCUUCCCAGGUGCCGGAGAGCAUGCCGAAGGAGCUGCUGAACGCCGUGGAGCUGGUCAUGGACUGGUCCAAGAUGGAGCUGGUCGAGACGGAGAGGCCGGAGGGCUCCAACGACGUGGGCAUGCUGGCCUGGAAGCUGACCAUGAAGACACCGGAGUACCCCGAGGGCCGCGUUGUCGUCCUCAUCGCCAACGACGUCACCUACCAGGCAGGCUCUUUUGGCGUGCGCGAGGACCAGUUCUUCCAGAAGGCCUCCGAGCUUGCGAGGAAGCAGGGCCUGCCCCGUGUCUACGUGUCCUGCAACAGCGGUGCGCGAGUGGGUCUGGUGGAGGAGCUGAAGCCCUUGUACAAGAUCCAGUGGUGGGACGAGAAGGACUGCGGCAAGGGCUUCGAGUACCUCUACCUGACCAAGGAGGACUACGAGAGCCUCCCUGCUGGCACGGUGGAGGCACGAAAGGUCUCCCACGAUGGACAGGAUCGCUACAUCUUGGACGCCAUCAUCGGCGAGGGCCUGAAGAGCACGGAGGGCGGCAUCGGCGUUGAGAACCUCAAGGGCAGCGGCCUCAUCGCCGGCGAGACCAGCCGGGCCUACCAGGAGACCUUCACCCUUUCCUACAUCACCGGCCGCUCCGUCGGCAUCGGCGCGUACUUGAACCGCCUGGGACAGCGGAACAUUCAGAUGGUCAGCAGCCCGAUGAUCCUCACGGGCUACUCCGCUUUGAACAAGCUCCUGGGCAAGAACGUCUACUCCUCCCAGGAUCAGCUGGGUGGCCCGCAGAUCAUGGUGCCCAACGGCGUCACCCACCAGGUGGUCAGGGACGACCAGGAGGGCAUGUCCGCCAUCUUGGACUGGCUGUCUUACGUGCCCAAGGACGUGUCCUGCCUGCCGCCUGUUUGCCAGCCGGCUGGCGCGGACCCCUGGGACCGCGAUGUGGAGUUCGAGCCCACCCUGCUUCCGUACGACCCGCGGGACUUCCUCCGUGGCGUCAUCGACCACGAGGGAAACCGAAAGCGCGGCUUCUUCGACGCUGGUUCUUGGACCGAGUACCUGGAGGGCUGGGGAAGGACCGUCAUUGUCGGCCGCGCUCGGCUGGGAGGAAUGCCCAUGGGUGUGAUCGCCGUGGAGACCCGGAGUGUGGAGCGGCUGGUGCCGGCCGACCCCUCCAACCCUGACAGCUGCGAGGUCAAGGAGAUGAACGGUGGCAAGGUCUGGUUCCCCGACAGCGCCUUCAAGACGGCCCAGGCGUUGAAGGACUUCAACCGCGGCGAGAACCUCCCGGCGAUCAUCUUCGCCAACUGGCGCGGCUUCUCCGGUGGCACCCGCGACAUGUACAACGAGAUCUUGAAGUUCGGGGCCAUGAUCGUGGACGCCCUGGUGGACUAUGAGCACCCCAUUUUCAUCUACAUCCCCAAGCACGGGGAGCUCCGCGGCGGAGCCUGGGUGGUCAUCGACCCCGCCAUCAACCCGGACAAGAUGGAGAUGUAUGCGGACGUGGACGCCCGGGGCGGAAUCCUGGAGCCGCCGGGCAUCGUGGAGGUGAAGUACCGGGCCCCGCAGCAACUGGAGGCGAUGCACCGCAUCGAUGCCCGGCUCAAGGAGCUGGAUGCCAAGCUGCCGGGGAGCGAGGGCGCGGCGAAGGCCGAGGUGGAGAAGGACAUCAAGGUGCGCGAGAAGCAGCUGCUUCCGCUCUACACCUCCGUGGCGACGACCUUCGCCGACCUGCACGACCGCGCGGGCCGAAUGAAGGCCAAGAAUGUCAUCCGCGACAGCAUCUCGUGGAAGGACUCCAGGCGCUACUUCUUCUGGCGCGUCAAGAGGAGGGUGAUGCAGGACCACAUGAUCAGGCGCCUGCAGAAGGCGGACGAGAGCCUGACCCACAAGGGCGCCGAGGCUCUGAUCCAGAAGUGGGCCGCCGAAAGCGGCGUGGACCACAGCAGCGACGCGAAGAUGGUGAGCUGGUUGGAGGCCCAGAACGUGGAGGCGAGGGCGGAGGCCCUUCGGACCUCCUACCUGAAGUCUCAGAUCCAGGCGCUCUUCAGCCAGCUCCCGUCGGGCGAGCAGGGAAGCCUCCUUUCGAGCCUCAAGGCUUAG